CAAAGUAACACUCGCAUCCUUCCAGCCGAAAUCUGUGGAUAAAAUUCCCGCAGUGUUUGUAAUUAAUAUUUUUUUUUAUUUUCUCCUGCAUUUGCUGUGGAGUUUCCGGCUGUAACACUGAAUCUGGAUAUUUCAUGUUGUGGAAUGGUACAACCUGGACCGAGAAAAAAAACCACAUCAAAGUUUGCCUUGUGAUGCGAAGGGACGUGCGGCGUUCAUUCUGGAUGCUCUCCUUCUGGUUAUUUCUGUAUGAAGAAGUGUUUGGCCCCAGUGGAUUUGGCGCUGAAUGAAGAACCUGAAGCUGUUCAAUGCGGAUAAACCUCAAAAAAACAAAACAAAGCUCCCUCUCACUGUUAGAUAUGAAGUCUCAGUGUUUGCUGCUUUGUGAGACCCUCUAAAGUCGGUAGGCAUCGGGUUUUUUUUCCUUGGAAACAUUGAGGAAUGUGUGCGACUGACGCACUCCAUGUGAGAAAGGCGAGCUCUAGACUCCAUGUCCAGCUGAUCUGGUGAUGCUCCUGCUCCUGCUCCUGCUCCUGCUCCUGCUCCUGCUCCGCUGAACCGAAGGCUUUGUGUGUCUGCGUGAGUGUGAUUAGUUUUUUUGGUUGUUGGUUUUUUUUGCUCUUGGUUCUUGGGAGUGCGAUCCAAACACUGGCGGCGUGUCGAGCACCGUGCAGCUUUAAAAAUAAUGAAAGAGAAGUCGAAAAAUGCGGCCCGGACUCGGCGGGAGAAGGAGAACAGUGAGUUUUAUGAACUGGCCAAACUGCUGCCGCUUCCCUCUGCCAUCACAUCACAGCUCGAUAAAGCCUCCAUCAUCCGCCUGACCACCAGCUACCUGAAAAUGAGACUGGUGUUUCCUGAAGGUUUGGGGGAAUCAUGGGGCCACGUGAGCAGAGCCAGUUCUCUGGACAACGUGGGCCGUGAGCUCGGAUCCCAUUUACUACAGACUUUGGACGGGUUUAUUUUCGUGGUCGCACCGGAUGGAAAGAUCAUGUACAUUUCUGAGACUGCGUCUGUGCACUUAGGCCUGUCCCAGGUAGAGCUGACGGGGAACAGUAUUUAUGAGUACAUCCAUCCCGCUGAUCAUGAUGAGAUGACCGCAGUGCUCACCGCGCACCAGCCUUACCAUUCUCACUUCGUGCAGGAAUAUGAAAUGGAGCGCUCUUUCUUUUUGAGAAUGAAAUGCGUCCUGGCCAAAAGAAACGCGGGUCUGACAUGCGGCGGGUAUAAGGUGAUUCAUUGCAGUGGCUAUCUAAAAAUCCGCCAGUACAGCUUAGACAUGUCUCUGUUUGAUGGCUGCUAUCAGAACGUGGGUCUGGUGGCUGUGGGUCACUCAUUACCCCCCAGUGCAGUGACUGAAAUCAAGCUCCACAGCAACAUGUUCAUGUUCAGAGCCAGUCUGGACAUGAAGCUCAUCUUCCUCGACUCCAGGGUGGCAGAGCUUACUGGCUACGAGCCACAGGAUUUAAUAGAGAAGACUCUUUACCAUCACGUCCACAGCUGUGACACCUUUCACCUACGCUGUGCACACCACUUGUUGUUGGUGAAGGGUCAGGUCACUACAAAGUAUUACAGGUUUUUGGCUAAGGAAGGAGGCUGGGUGUGGGUGCAGAGCUAUGCAACCAUUGUACAUAACAGCAGAUCCUCCAGACCUCACUGUAUUGUCAGUGUCAACUAUGUCCUCACUGAAACUGAAUACAAAGGUCUACAGCUGUCCUUAGACCAAGCGGCAUCCAACAAACCAUCAUUCACCUACAGCAGCCCCUCCAACCCAGUCAGCGACAGCAGGAAAGCGAGUAAAAGCAGGGCUUCCCGCACCAAACCCAAAACACGCCUCUCGCCAUACCCACAAUACCCAAACUUCCACACUGAGCGCUCUGAGUCUGAUCAGGACAGCAGCCCAUGGGGUGGGAGUCCUCUGACUGACUCUGCCUCCCCACAGCUAUUAGAGCAAUCUGAAAGCAUGGAUACGUCCUGCGUGUACCGGCAGUUCCCAGAGACUCGCCCAUUGUGCUACAGCCUGCCGCUGUCUGAGGAGCAUCACGCAUCCAGUGAUCACCAAGGUCACGGUCAUUCGCAGGCUUGCGAGCGUGGCCGCUGUGAGGCUGGCAGAUACUUUCUGGGUACUCCACAGACUGGCCGUGAGGCAUGGUGGGGUGCCGCUCGCUCACUCUUGCCUCUCGCCAAGUCCCCACCUGAAAAUGGAGAUGGGUAUGAGUGUGCGAUGCCCCAUAUCACCUCCAUCCACAGCCUACAUGUGAGAGGCCACUGGGAUGAAGACAGCACGGUCAGCUCUCCAGAUGCUGGCUCAGCCAGUGACUCAGGGGACCGGUAUCGACUCGAACACUUUCGCUCAAGUCCGCAGGAGCCAAGCAAGAUCGAGACACUAAUCCGGGCCACGCAGCAGAUGAUAAAAGAAGAAGAGAGCCGGCUGCAGUUGAGAAAGAGUGGUACUGAACCGAAUCUAGGGCCUGCUAACGGUCUACCGAAGAGCACCGGCUCCUGCUUCAGUAACGAGUUUGGCCAGUCAGCGCCGCAAGGAGUUGUAUGUCGGGGUUCAUCUCAGGUGAUUAGCCCCGCCCCCAGCCCCACUCCUCUGUCUCGCCUUAGUAGCCCCAGCUCUGAGCGUUUGGCCAAAGCCAAAGACUUCCUGCAAACUGAGCUUUCAUCUCCACAGCAGCAACAGCAGCAACAGCUGGGCCUUGUGGGCUCCUGCGCCGUCUCUCCCACCCCUGCCCUCUACCCCUCUCAUCCACGCCAGUAUCUGGACAAACACACUGCCUACUCACUCAGCGGCUACGCACUGGAGCACCUCUAUGAGGCGGACAGCUUCAGAGGAUACGCGCUAGGCUGCGCAAGCUCCUCCCACUACGACAUGACCUCUCACCUGCGCAUGCAAGCCGAGCAAACCACCAGCCAUAAAGGGACCUCCGUUAUAAUCUCCAACGGCAGCUGAUGCUCAGACACUGACUAUAUCUCCCAAAAGAGACAAAACACUCAAUAGUCCUGUAGUUAUCUGUUCUGAGAUCUCUUCUCUUUAUAUUUGCAUUGCUUAGAAGGAUUCUAGAGUAUUCUCAGUAUUAAGGUAACUCAAUUCUUGCAUUUAAAGUACCAACGAUUCAGAGGAACAAUAUUUUAAGUCACUGUUUUACAAGAUUAGCAGUUUAAGCAGGUUUUGGAAAAGGAAGUGACUGGUCAAGGAGAGAGAGACGAAUAUUAUAAAUAGAGCUAUGUCCCAAUGAGGAAAAAGACAAAAAUCAUAGUUAUUGAUGAAUACAGGUUGAGAUUAUCUCCACAAAAUAUGUAAGUGCAUCAUAUAUGUUUUUUGCAAUCAGUAUUUUUAUGUUUUGUUUUGUUUUUAACUUAUACAAUGGAUUGAAUGAUCUAAUUGUCUGUAAUGAUUAUGGUGAUUUGCGUGACAUUAGUCAAUUUUAACUUUUUACAUUUGAUUGCCCUCAGUCUCAUUUCAUAUCCCAAUCAUUGUUUUCCACAAUCAAAUUCAUUGUUAUAAACACAACCCAGAUUCAAUGUAUGAAAAAUAAAAAAAAAUUGAUUAUAUUGUAAAAACAAAUAUCUGACACAUCUUAUUCAAAUCAAGCAGUAAUCAGUGUUGGAGGGUUUGAUAUACUGGCUGCCAUAACACCACUGUUUUUGACAUUUCUGACUGCAUAAACACCUGUUUAUCAAAAAAUAUAGAGUUUUAAUGUAAGAUCUUAGAUACCAAAUUAAAUGAGAUGUUUUGAUGUGUCAGAGUAUUUGUCUUAUACCAGCAUUUUGAAUACAAAUCAAGCCAUGCUUUGCUCUGUCAGUCAGUGACAACCACAGCUGCAGCAAACUUCCAAAUGUAGAACUGAAUGAUCCUGAUUUUAUUUUUCCAUUUCUCAUAACCUCAGCUCAUUUUAUUUCACACAAAUGGCAUGAUGGGGGAAAUCGUAUGGCUUCAGGCUGUAACUGAUAAAGCAGGAUGUGAAAUUCUUUUUGAACUGAGUGAAUGUGUUGUGACGGACAUGGAAGAAGGAGGUACAGGAGUUGUGACAGGUCUGGUGGUGUGAGAGAUAAAACUCUUAACUGAUUCAGACCGACAGGGACGGAGCUGUCUGAGCCUCAGCUUGUCCAUUUCCUCUGCUCUCAGGCUGCUUUCUGGCUGGGAGAAACCGGCUCUCUUUGAGACUGCAGUGUUUUCUUACAGUGAGGAAAAUCCUUCUCUAAAUUUAUUUAUGAUGUAAAUAAGCUCAAACAUGUUUUGAUGCACAAGUGGCAAAUGUAUUUAUUAUGUGAAUGAAAAAAAAAAAUCAUUUCGGUUUUAAAUAUAGUUCCAGUCAAACCAGA